AUGGCUGAAGAGGAGCGGGAGCAGCAACCCGGGGAGGAGCAGCAUGCCGCCGAUGGAGAGCGCCCGCCUCGCAAAAAGGGCAAGCACAAGAAGGACAAGCCGUGGGACCACGAGGGCAUUGACCACUGGAAGAUUGAGCCGUUCAAGAAGGAGGACAACCCCUCGGGCCUGCUGGAGGAGAGCUCCUUCGCCACGCUGUUUCCCAAGUACCGAGAAAAGUACCUGCGCGAGGUGUGGCCCGCGGUGACCAAGGCGCUGAAGGAGCAGGGCAUCGCCUGCGAGCUGAACCUGGUGGAGGGCAGCAUGACGGUGCGCACCACACGCAAGACGUACGACCCCUUCAUCAUCCUGAAGGCCCGUGACCUCAUCAAGCUGCUGGCACGCUCAGCGCUCAAGGUGCUGGAGGAUGAGGUGCAGUGCGACGUGAUCAAGAUUGGCGGCAUCGUGCGCAACAAGGAGAAGUUUGUGAAGCGGCGGCAGCGCCUGAUCGGCCCGAACGGCGCGACGCUCAAGGCGCUGGAGCUGCUCACCGGCUGCUACAUCCUGGUACAGGGCAACACGGUGUCCGCCAUGGGGGACUACAAGGGGCUGAAGCAGGUGCGUCGCAUUGUGGAGGACUGCGUGAGGAAUGUGCACCCCAUCUACCACAUCAAGACGCUCAUGAUCAAGCGGGAGCUGGCCAAGGACCCCGCGCUGGCAGAGGAGAACUGGGAGCGCUUCCUGCCCAACUUCAAGAAGAAGAACGUGCAGCGCAAGAAGCCCAAGAAGGUGCGGGAGAGGAAGGACUACACGCCCUUCCCGCCGCCACAGCCGCCCAGCAAGGAGGACCUGAUGCUGGAGAGCGGCGAGUACUUUCUGUCGGCGGAGCAGAAGGCGGCGCGUGCGGCGGCGGCACAGGCGACGCGGCAGGCAGCGCGUGUGGAGGAGCGGCAGCGACAGCGCGAGGCCGCGUUCCAGGCGCCCGCCGAGAUGCGAGGCAGCGGGGGCGCGGGCAGCGCUGGCGCCCAGCAGCAGCAGCAGCAGCAAGGGCAGGAGACGUCGGCCAGCCUGGCGGCCUCGCUCAAGAAGAAGCUCAAGGGCAGCAACAGGGAGGGGGCCGCGGCAGGCGGUGGCGGCGAUGUGUCGAUGUUCUUAGCGGCCGGCACAGCAGACGUGGCAGGCAGUGGCAAGCAGGGAUCGGGAAAGAAGAAGAAGAAGCGGAAGUCAGAAGGGGGGGCCGGCGACGGCGCACAGGAGAAGAAGCUGAAGCAGAAGAAGAGCAAGCAGCGGGAGUGACAUCAUCAUAACAUUCUGCUGAUGCUGCUUGACGUUUU